UUUACCAGUGCCUUCGACAGUUUUAAAGAAAUUUCCGUACCAUGAAGACGUGCCUCUGGAUUGCAUUGCUGGCAGCAAUAACGGCUGUUAGUGCUCAGCCCACUGCGGAUAUCUUGAGAUAUUUGCAAAAUCCUGAACCUCAGCUAACAUUGAGGCCCAAAAUUACCACGGCGGAUCGCAUUCGAGCCCAUGGUUAUCCAGCAGAAACCCAUAAGGUGACCACCGAGGAUGGCUAUAUUAUUACCCUCUUUCGCAUUCCCUAUUCCCAUAAGCUACAAAAUCAAGAUGCCCAACGCCCUGUCGUUUUGAUACAACAUGGUUUAUUCAGUUGUUCUGAUGCCUGGAUGUGUGUCGGUCCAGAUUCGGGAAUUGGUUUCAAUUUAGCCGAUGCUGGUUACGAUGUCUGGUUUGGCAAUGCCCGUGGCAAUACCUAUAGUCGCAAUCACACAUCGAGGUCCACAAAUCACCCGUACUUCUGGCGUUUUAGUUGGCAUGAAAUUGGCCAUUAUGAUAUCGCUGCCAUGAUUGAUUACGCGCUGGCCACGAAUGGUCAAGGACAAAAGGCCAUACAUUAUGUGGGUCAUUUCUGUCUCUAUGAUUAUGGACCGACAAAGAACAUGGAAUUAUAUGGCCAACUCACACCACCUGAUUAUCCUGUAGAGCGCAUUACCUCAGAAGUCCAUUUAUGGUAUGGUGACAAUGACACAAUGGCUGCUGUCGAAGAUGUUGAACGUUUGGCAGAAAAAUUGCCCAAUCGUGUCAUGCAUCACAUGGAAGAUCCCUCAUGGGCUCAUGGUGACUUCUCCCUGCACAAAGAAGUCAAGAAAUUUAUCAAUGAUCCGAUUAUUGAGAUUAUGAAUAAAUUUGAAAAUAAGUUGUAAGGCGAAGGUUU